AUGUACACACUCCGCGCCGCCCGCGCCGUCCCAACAGCGACCCGCACCUUCUCGACAACAACCCCUCGAGCUCUCGCCAAGAUGCAACUCAUAGGACGUCUGGCAGAUACUCCCGAGGCCGUGCCCACAUCGACAGGACGAGAACUGAUCAAGUACUCACUCGGUGUGCAAGGUGGACCAAGAGACGAGAAUGGCAAUCGGGCUGUGAGCUGGUUCAAGGUGGCUAGUUUCGCAGAGGGAGCGCAAAGAGAUCUGCUUUUGAGUCUGCCUAAGGGAACACAAAUGUACGUCGAGGCUGAGGCGAAGAUGGACAAAUACCAGACUCAAGACGGAAGCGAAAGGACGGCGCUGAACUUGCUACAACGCAACUUCGAAGCCCUCUCACGACCGCAGAACCGUGCUAACGAGUCAACGACCGGUGCCGAGUCCAAUACCAAUGCUGCUGAGGAGCCCUUGAGUGGUAUCGGCGCAUCUUGA